ACCACGUUUAUCCAUCUCCAAUAGAUUCCACAGAUCCUACACCUCAAAAAAAUACCCAAUUGAAUCUUUUGGUGAAGAAUGGUGUCCAAUUGUUUUAGCCUCCAUCUCCACCACCAUAACCCUUCUCUUUUCUUUGCAAUACACAAAAGCUCAAACCUUUCUUCAUCUCCAAUUACUAUAACUACAAAACUAGACUUCCCAUAUGGGAAAAUCCAGUUUCUUCGCAAGAAAAAAUGUUACUUGUUAAACCCAGUCAUGUCAUCAAGUCAACCCACAAAUUAUAGCCCUAAAAUUGAUGAAUUUGAAUCUGAUCCAACUCUUACCAAUGAGGAUCUCAAACCAACAACACCUUCUCAAAGAACCUUUUCUGGAUAUGAAAUGGCUAGUCUUUGGAUUGGUCUUGUUGUGGGAGUACCAUCUUAUUAUCUAGCAGGUAGUCUUGUUGAUCUUGGAAUGGCUUGGUGGCAAGGCAUAGCUACAGUUGUUGCUGCAAAUAUAAUUCUUUUAUUUCCAUUAGUCCUUAUAGGGCAUCCAGGCACACAUUAUGGUAUACCUUUUCCAGUUUUGGCAAGAUCUUGUUUUGGAAUCCGUGGAGCUCAUAUCCCAACACUACUAAGAGCAUUGGUUGGUUGUGGUUGGUAUGGAAUUGAAACUUGGAUUGGUGGUGAGGCAAUUUUUGUUCUUUUACCUAAAUUUAUUAAACAAUCUUCAUAUUCUCAAUAUUUGCCUUGGUUAGGGACUUCCCCAUUAGAAUUUAGUUGUUUUAUUGUGUUUUGGGUUGCUCAAUUAGCUAUUGUCUGGAAGGGAAUGGAAGGAAUUAGACAAUUAGAAAAAUACUCUGCUCCUAUUUUAAUUACACUAACUUCAUGUUUACUGGCUUGGGCUUAUGUUAAUUCUGGUGGUUUUGGUCAUAUGCUUAGUUUGUCUUCUAAGCUAUCUUCCUCAGAAUUUUGGGCUCUUUUUUUCCCUUCUUUAACAGCUAAUAUCAGUUUCUGGGCUACUCUUGCACUAAACAUACCAGAUUUUACUAGAUAUGCAAAGAGCCAAACUGAUCAAAUUAUAGGUCAAUCUGGUCUUCCAAUUUUUAUGGGAUUAUUUACCUUUGUUGGGUUAGCCGUAACCUCAUCAACCAAAGUGAUUUUUGGUUAUCUAAUAUCAAGUCCAAUUCAACUUCUUGAACAAAUUGGUGGGUUAAGUACAAUGAUUCUUGCAAUUAUAGGAAUUAGCCUUGCUACAAUUACAACAAAUAUAGCCGCUAAUGUUGUUGCACCAGCCAAUGCACUUGUUAACCUUAGCCCAUCAAAAUUCACAUUCAGAAGUGGUGCUCUUUUAACUGCAUUUCUUGGAAUUGCAUUUCAGCCUUGGAGAUUGCUCAAGUCAAGUGAAAGCUUUAUUUAUACUUGGUUAGUUGGGUACUCUGCCUUAUUGGGUCCAAUUAUGGGUAUAAUAUUAGCAGAUUAUUAUCUAAUCCAAAGGACUAAUUUAAAUGUUAAGGAUUUGUAUACUGUAAGUCCCUAUGGUGCAUACUUUUACACAGGAGGUUAUAAUUUGGCUGCUUUGGCUGCUCUUAUUAUUGGGAUUUUGCCAGUAAUUCCUGGUUUUCUGCAGAAAGUUGGUAUUUUGUCUAGGAUUUCAGGAACUUAUGUUGUUAUCUACAACAAUGCUUGGUUUUUUAGCUUCUUUAUUUCAGGUUUUCUCUAUUGGAUUCUGUCAUUAACAGGAAAAAGAAAGAAGUCACUGCCUAUAGAUCCUCUAUUGCCUAGUGCAUUCUAAGAUUUUUUUUUUUUUCCUUUUCUUUUAAGCACAGGAAAAUUGUACAUCCUUUGUAAAGAAUAAUUAUUACAGUUCUGUUGUAAAUUUCCCCAUGUUUGUUUGCAUUUUGGGAAUCAAAUUAAUUACAUUUCCAAGCUUGGAUUUUAAUA